AUGGAGGAAAGACAAGCCCCAGACGUAGACAUUGUAAUGGUCCCGAUGCAUCCAAAUGUACCAGACACAACCUGCGUUGCUGUUUUUGAUGGACAUGGUGGACCGGCUGUCGCCGCGUGCAUUGCGGAAAAAAUUAUUGAAGCCGUCAUUUCAACCGAAGCUUUUCAAAAAGAUAAUCGGUCUCCGGAGUCGCUGGCUUUAGCUCUAUGUGAAGGGUUCUUGGUUGUGGACGAAAUGCUCAAGAAAGACCCAGAGUAUGCCACAUCUUGUGAUGAAGUGGGCUCAACAGGACUUUUUGCAAUUAUCACACCAAAGGAUAUUGUAUGCGCAAAUGUGGGUGAUUCGCGCUGCAUUAUGAGUAAUUCCAAGAUUCCAGAAGUACUACAGCUGUCGGUCGACCACAAACCGGACUUGGAAUUUGAAAAACAGCGCAUCCUAGCAGCAGGUGGUACAGUCUUCCGUGGCCGCGUCUGUGGUGGUGUAGCCGUCUCACGAAGCUUCGGCGAUCUGUGGUUUAAGCGCAAUGCUGAUUUGAAACCUCAUCAGCAACUUGUGACGGCGGAGCCCUCCGUACGUGUGCAGCGGCGCGACCCGGCAGACGAAUUUCUUGCCUUAUGCUGUGAUGGUAUUUAUGACGUUAUGAGCAAUGACCAACUGCGUAAAUUUAUUCGUAGCAAACUUAAAAAUGGCGUGAAGGACCCAAAGGAUAUUUCUGAAAUGCUACUGGAUGAGUGUCUGGCAAAGGGCAGUCGCGAUAACAUGAGCGCCAUCAUCGUGCUCUUUAAAGCCGCCUUACAGAAGUAA